CGCGGGACGGGGGCGGGACGAACGCCGGGACUUCCGGUUCCGGGAACACACGCGGCCGGGGAGUUUUGCUUCCGCGGUCAUGGCCCGGGGUGUGGGACAGUGACCCACGUUGCGGUCGAGAGGGGCGAGAGGAAGGUGGUGAUGCGCGGCCACGGUCGCAAGCGGCACAGGUCUUGGCAGUAGAGUCGAGGGAGGACCCGGGCGCGGGGGCGAGGUGAGCGCGGGGUCUGGCGGGAGCCGCCGGGUGGCGCUCUACUUGUGGUGAGUCCUCUUUGAAGGAAGGAGCGGCGAGGAGAGCCUCGAGUUGGGGGCUAGCGCCUUGAGGCCAGGAAGGGCUCAGGCGGCGGUAGAGAUGAGGACGACCAGGAGAUCCCCUGGAGGGGCGGAAGUGGUAAAGAGAUGAUCUAGGCAAGGCACAGCGGUGAGGGGCAGUGUGGAGGGUCGUAGAGGUGAGGUGGCUGCACAGGGCCAUGGAGACAGAGAGCCAGAUAGAAGCCCACGGACGUGAAAGGGUCCUGUAGAUGGCCAUAGAUGUGAAGUAGCAAUGCGCAGGGGCUGAAGAGGAUUCAGAGAGAUGUUUAUGAGGGAGAAGUUGGAAGAAAGAAACCACCUCCAGUGGGCUCUGUAGAGUGCUGCGCCGAGGAUCCCUGGGGUCUGACCUAGCGAAGCCCCCCCCCCCCCCCCCAACAAGGCACGGAAGGCAUUCCAAGUAGUGACUUCCUCGGUUUGACUAGGAAUGUGGAUACUCCUUCGAGGUGGGUACCCCCUCCGUAUCCUGCUGCCGCUGCGUGGGGAGUGGAUGGGUCGCAGGGGCCUGCCCAGAAGCCUGGCCCCAGGCCCUCCCCGAAGACGGUACAGGAAGGAGGCUCUCCCAGCCUUGGAGGUGCCAGUGUUGCCUGUAACUGCAACUGAAAUCCGCCAAUAUUUGCGGGCACGUGGGAUCCCCUUCCAAGAUGGCCACAGCUGCCUGCGGGCACCCAGCCCCUUUGUAAAGGCCUUGCCGCUCAAGGACCAGAAUGGUGCUACUGCUUCCUUCAGCCUCUUCAUUGACAAGACCACAGGCCGCUUUCUCUGCAUGACCAGUCUAGCAGAGGGGAGCUGGGAAGACUUCCAGGCCAGUGUGGAGGGACGAGGAGAUGGGGCCAGAGAGGGAGUCCUGCUCAGUGAGGCCCCAGAAGUGGAGGACAGUGAGGAGGUCCGGAGGAUCUGGGACCGAGCUGUACCUCUCUGGGAGCUGCCUGAGCCGGAGGAGGCCCAGCUGGCUCGUGUGAUGUUUGGCCUUACCAGAGUGACAGAUGACACGCUCAGGCGUUUCAAUGUGCGGUAUUUGCGGCCGGCUCGCAGCCUUGUCUUCCCUUGGCUCUCCCCUGGAGGUCUGGGAUUACGAGGCUUGAAGCUACUAGGCGCUGAAGGCCAGGGAGAUGGAGUGCACUACAAGGAAACCACCAUUCCCCGGCCUGGGGUCUACCGUAAUCUGUUUGGAUUACCACUGAUCAGUCGUCGAGAUGUUGAGGUGGUACUGACGAGUCGUGAGCUGGACAGCCUGGCCUUGAACCAAUCCACAGGGCUGCCCACCCUUGCCCUACCCCGAGGAACAGCCUGCUUACCCCCUGCCUUGCUCCCUUACCUCGAACAGUUUCGACGUAUUGUGCUCUGGCUAGGAGAUGACCUUCGGUCCUGGGAAGCUGCCAAGUUGUUUGCCCGAAAACUGAAUCCCAAGCGAUGCUCCUUGGUGCGGCCUGGAGACCGGCAGCCCCGGCCCCUGGAGGCCCUGAACCGAGGCUUAAGUCUUUCUCGUAUUCUGCGUACCGCCCUGCCCGCCUGGCACAAGUCGAUCGUGUCUUUCCGGCAGCUUCGGGAGGAGGUGCUAGGAGAAUUGUCAAAUGUGGAGCAGGCAGCUGGCAUCCGCUGGAACCGCUUCCCAGACCUCAAUCGUCUUUUGAAGGGACAUCGGAAGGGCGAGCUGACAGUCUUCACAGGGCCAACAGGCAGUGGGAAGACCACAUUCAUCAGUGAGUAUGCCCUGGAUUUGUGUACCCAGGGGGUAAACACGCUAUGGGGUAGCUUUGAGAUCAGCAACGUGAGACUCGCCCGGGUCAUGCUGACACAGUUCGCUGUGGGGCGGCUAGAAGAGCAACUGGACAAAUACGAUGAGUGGGCCGACCGCUUUGAGGACCUGCCUCUCUAUUUCAUGACUUUCCAUGGGCAGCAGAGCAUCAGGACUGUGAUAGACACAAUGCAACAUGCAGUAUACGUGUAUGACAUUUGUCAUGUGGUCAUCGACAAUCUGCAGUUCAUGAUGGGGCACGAGCCGCUGUCCACAGACAGGAUUGCAGCUCAAGACUACAUCGUCGGGGCCUUUCGAAAGUUUGCAACAGACAAUAGCUGCCACGUGACACUGGUCAUUCACCCCCGGAAGGAGGAUGACGAUAAGGAACUGCAGACAGCGUCCAUUUUUGGCUCAGCCAAAGCAAGCCAGGAAGCGGACAACGUUCUGAUCCUACAGGACAGGAAAUUGGUAACUGGUCCAGGGAAACGGUAUCUGCAGGUGUCCAAGAACCGCUUUGAUGGAGACGUAGGUGUCUUCCCACUUGAAUUCAACAAGAGCUCUCUUACCUUCUCCAUACCACCAAAGAGCAAGGCUCGGCUCAAGAAGGUCAAGGAUGACAAUGGGCUAGCGACCAAAAAGCCCUCUUCUGGCAAAAAGGGGGCUGUGCCCCAGAACUCUGAGACUUGCUUGGAUCAGGCCCACCAACCCUGCCAGCCAGACCCCUCCAGGCCCUCCAGGUGAAGGCCGUUCAGAGCCGGACACUGAAAUGAGCCUGGCCGGACAGGCAGGGGCAUAGACUUUUUUAGCCCUCUGCCAAGACUACCUCUGUCCUGUGGGCCUAAGCUAGGGGUCCUCCACGGAGGGCCUAACCUAGGGCAGAGUUCCAUAGUGAGAGACUUGAGAACUUCCUGUGUGCCAGGCUUCGUUCUAGGUCCUGGGAAUACAGCGCUGACAAGACAGAUGAGCUCCCUGCCUCCCUAGAACCUGCAGUCUGAUAAGCAAGACAAGAGAAAUAAUGAACAAACACAAACCGUAUUUUUAGACAGUGAGAUACACCAUGAAGAAAAGAAAACAGGGCAAUAUGUACAGCCUAGUGUAGAUUAGGGUCGGAACAGAUAUCUCUAAGCAGAGGACAUCGGAGAUGGGGCUUAAAGGACUAGGAUUGAGCCGUGUGAACAUCUGGAGAAAGGGAUCCAAGCAGAGCGGAAAUGAGAUACAGAGGCCCUGAGGUGGGAAUGAGCAAAUUGAGUUCAAAGCAGUGGGUUCAGGCCCCCUGAACAUAGAAGGGAAUAGAGGACUUCUUGCCAAACAAACCUAGGCUUGUGGAGCCAAAGGGUGACAUGGUGGGUACCAGACUCCUCUCUGGCCCAUUCUGGACCCUGCCAUGAGGUGGGAUUGGAUCCUAGGUGCUUGACCCUGUAGUAUCAGGGCCCCAAAGGUGGAAGCUGGCCAGAGAGCCAUGGAAGGAAGCAGAGCCCAGAGUGCCUGCCACAUGGACACAGAUUCCAUAUUCUGUCACCUCAGACCACUGGGGUGGACAGUCAUGACUUUUUGUAGAGCCUUUUCUAGUUUUACUGAAAACAGUUUUUCCAUU